AUGAUACGUAUUAAAGGUGUUAUUAUAAUUACACUGGCAUUAUUACUUGGUAUUACCGCAUUGAUAUUUCAUUUUUUAGCUAUGUUUACUAAACGUUGGAAAGUUACAAUACCGAAAGGUGUUCAAAAUAUAUCAAAUAAUAAUCCACAUUACUAUGGUCUAUGGGAACGUUGUCAAUAUAUGGAUAUAUCAUUUGCUACUCCAGUAGUAAUCAAAUCUUCUAGCACAAAUAUAAUUAAUUUUGAUACAGGAACACCUACAAUUAGAAAUUUUGUCUGUCGUCCAAAUACAUAUUUACGUUAUAAAUCAAAAGAUAUAGAUACUGAAAUAUGUUUCAUUUAUCGUCAUCUAUGUUCAUCUCUUACAAAUGUAAUUCAUCCUUGUACAUGUAAUUAUUUACCAUCGACAAAAGGUUUACAAUGGUGUUGUAUAUUAGCUGCAAUAUUUAUGAUUCUCGGAUUAUUAUUAUUGUACUUGAAAUUAAUUGCAAUACCUCAACAUGAUAUGUUAGCAUUUCUAUUAAAUUUUACUCCAAUAUUAUUCAUAUUUUUUUCAAUUUUAUUUAUGUUAACAACAUUAAUUUUAAUUGGUGCUUAUUUAAGACGUGAUGAAUAUGAAGAUUAUGAUGUUGUAUUAUCGUCUAUACUAACAGGAGAGUCAGUCAAUCUUUAUCGAUUAAAACAAUAUUUUCAAUUGAAUAAACGUAAAAUAUUGACGUAUAAUAAUGAAUUUAAGAUGAUAAUUCAUCAUUUUUAUAUUUUAGAUCAAGAUACAUUCUAUAAACAAGCAAUAGAAGAAUUUAAAACAUAUCAUCUAAAUAAUUAUGAUGCACAUAUUGGAUGGUCAACAGGUUUUGAAAUCAUUGCACUUGUAUCAGCUUUUCUCGUAUUAGUAUUAUCAUUAGAGUUAGCAUUGGCAACAACAGAAUAUUAA